UGUCAACUUUUCACCGAUUGUCUUUUAUUCCACCGAAUUGUGUUUCAUUGCACAUGUUCAUUGAUUUUUGUGAAAUUUAGGAAACGUUAACAGAUUUUCCUUUUAAAAUGGGUGGUAUAACAAGCCGAUUCCGUGUUUCCAACUCAGGAUUAACAAGCACCGACAUAAAAAAUUUAGAAGAUGCAAACAAACGUGAAAAUCCAGGAACUUUAGAUGAAUUGCACAAAAAGACCAAAGAUGUAAUGCCAGUCAACUUUGAAGGUGGUAAGCUGAUGGUGAAUAAGGGAAUAUCCAAUCACUUCCAGAUGUCCCACACACUAACAAUGAGCUCCGCACAAAACGGCUACAAGUUAGGCGCAACAUACAUCGGGACGAAGCAGAUAUCACCCACGGAGGCGUUCCCCGUCGUCCUCGGCGACGUGGACCCCUCUGGCAAUGUUAACUUUAACUUAAUACAUCAGUUGACGCCUGAAGUUCGGCUUAAAGCUGCCGCCCAGAUUCAAGAAUGCAAACUAACAGCCACUCAAAGCACAGUGGAGUACAAAGGAUCAGAUUAUACGCUAGCCAUGGCGUUCGGAAAGCCGGACUUUAGUGAGAAGUCAGCUGUUGUUGUUGGACAUUACUUACAGUCGGUGAGCAAGCGGCUGGCGCUGGGCGCGGAGCUGGUGUACCAGUCGAGCGCGCGCGUCAUGGGCGGCGAGAUCGCCAUCGUGUCCGCCGCCGCGCGCUACACCAUGGACGAUUCUGAGGUGUCGGCAACUUUAGGGCCGGCGAGCUUCCAUGUAUGCUACUUCAAGCAGGCCAGUGAACAAUUGCAAGUUGUAGCAGAAAUGGACACGUCCUUCCGAGGGAUGGAGUCAACGGGCACCAUCGGCUACCAGGUCACCAUACCAAAGGCGGAGUUAGUCUUUAGAGGCAUGGUAGACUCCAACUGGAACAUUGGUGCGGUUUUAGAGAAGAAGCUCCAACCUUUGCCGUUCACGUUUGCUCUGUCGGGCAUGGCGAACCAGGCGAAGCAGCAGUUCAAGUUCGGCUGCGGCCUCAUCAUCGGCUAGUGAUAGUGUUUUAGUGUUAGUGUGAGUGGAUACCCAACUGUGUGUUUAUGUGUAAGUCGUGGAAAUGCAACCGGUAUGUUUCUUUAUUUUCUGUACGCUGAUUUGUGUAAAUUGCAUCUCUCCAAUAGCUUUACGAAGGGUUUUAUACAGGUUUUGUAUGGAUAAUAUAACCUCGAAAAUGUAAUAAUGAAAGGGUUUAAUUGCUCUUUAAAAUUUACAAUUUAAUCAGCUUAAAUUUAAUUUAUAUACAAACAAUAUUUUAGCACAAUAUAUGUUAUGCAAGUCCGCUUAUACCGUUGUUGUCAGAUUAUUUAAAUUGCGUCGCUCAAUAAUUUUAUUUGCCAUUGCAAGCUGACACUUAUUUUAUAUGAAUGUAUCAAUAUUCCCAGUUUCCAUGUACUUAACAUAGAACAUAUUUUUUUAAACUUUGACUUUACAACUGGAAAAUUCACUGAUUCUGUUGGUGAUUACUUGACUGGUAAAGCAAUAAUAAUAUAUCAAAUUAAGACAGAUGAACAUUAAAAUUAUGAAUUGAGGGCCGUUAAUAAAAAAUAUAUCUUAGCAUUGUAUGCCAAACCAGUGCUCCUUUAAAUCAGUCAAGUGACUACAGAAUUAGGCCCAAUAUUGAAACUUGUAAUUUUAAUAUCAACCAAAUAUUAUGAUAAAAGUAUGUGAAUGCAAGUAAUUCAUAUUAUUUUUGUUGUCAUGUAUUUUGUGUACAUUUACUUUAAGUGUUUACAUGGUAAGCUGUGUGCUCCUGUUUGCUUUCCACCAGAAAAGCAUUUAUGACAAUAUGGUCACUAUCAUUAUAUUUGAUUUCUCUUUUUUACAAUCAUAAUCAGUAUUUAUAACUUGAUUAUUCCUUGCAUUUUGAUAUUUAAUUAUCUGAGCAUGUUUAUUUUAUCUAUAUAUCGUAAUUUUAUAUUCUAUAACUUAUGCUAAUGUUAACUACUGAUUUACUUUACAGAAAAGCAGAUUUAUCAAAAAAAAUCAUAUUACAUAAUUUCUUUAGUAUUUAACUGUAUGUCUGUAACUAAUAAAGAAAAGAAUCGGCCAUAGUAUUUGUAUACAUAAAUGCGAAAGAGAUAGCUAUAUCAUUUAUCGUCAUUAGAUUUCUUUCUUUUAUUGGUACUGGUUUUUUGUUAAUAUAGUGACCACAUCAACAGCUGUUAUGUCCAUCCUAUAUGUACAAUGUAUGAAUGUAGAUAGAUAUGGCGUAUUGUAAAUAAGGCCUGUUGUUAAACUGUUUAUUUUUAAUAGAGUUAUGUUAAUUAAUCAA